AAACAGCGCAAGCACCCGGGACUUCGCAGGCUGGGCUCUCGGGGGACUCUUUUGUACUUGUUUCUAUUCGUUUUAUACACUUUGUAUUCGACUGUUUUCCUAAAGCACUUUUACUACUUUGAUAUUCAGGCGUCGGGUGAUUUAUCUGAGUUUGAUUUCCUGUAACUGGCUUGGUAACAGUGUAAGGAAAUACCUCGAGUCUCGACGGUUCAGCAAACAGAAACAAAAACACAAAAACAGGUGAAUCGUCGGAGGAUAUUCAAUGCUACGCGACAGCUUGUCAUCGUGAUCCGAUAUCCGAAAACGACACGCAUCUAGAUUUAUUCACACGAUGACUGCUGUGCUGAAUAUCCAGAGGUUACUGGAAGCAGCCGAAUAUAUAGAAAGGAGAGAAAGAGAGUCUGAACACGGAUAUGCCUCGACCUUUCCGUCUGUUCAGCACUCCAGCUGCCAGAGACAAAGGAAACUCCGAAAUAAAAAGUGCAGCAACCACCACAACAACAGGUCCACACACAAUGAGCUGGAGAAAAAUCGACGAGCCCAUCUUCGUUUGUGUCUGGAGCAGUUGAAGUCUCUCAUCCCGCUGGGACCAGACUGCAGCCGUCACACCACUCUGGGACUGCUCAACAAGGCCAAAGCACACAUAAAGAAACUGGAGGAAGCGGAGCGCAAGUCUCAGUAUCAGUUGGAGAGUUUGGAGCGAGAGCAGCGUCACCUCCAGAGGCGACUGGACCUGCUGCGGGGCGGCGGGGGUGUGCUGGAGGGCGAGAGGAUACACACUGACAGCGUAGGCUCCACCGUCUGCUCCGAGAGAUCCGACCGCUCCGACUCAGACCAAGAAGAGAUGGAGGUGGACGUGGAGGGCACAGAGUUCUCUCAUGGAGAGCUGGACAGCAUUAGCACAGCCAGCACCAGCGAUCUGGAUGACCACAGCAGUCUACAGAGCACUGCCAGCGAUGAGGGCUACUCCUCCUGCAGCAUCAAACUGGCCUUCAGCUCAUAAAACGAGCUCCCCCUUUACACACACACACACACACACACACUAUCCCAGCCCUCGAAAUUAGUCCUGCCUUCUAGCCACCUUUCCCUCCUCGACCAAUCAGAGACUCUUAUUUAAGUCAGGUGACCAGAACACCGCCCGCCCUAUAGAAUGCCUGAUGUUUUAAAUUAGUGAAUGUAUCUGAGAGAAUAUGAAUGAGAUGGAAACAAUCUGUGAUUGUGAUUUAAUUGGGUUAUUAGAAGGUUUUAUUCCUGAAUAAGAGACUUUUCUGAUAAUUGUCAUUAUCUAAAUCCCCUUUUUCCGAAAGGAAAGCUAAGAUGUAUAAAAAUAGAUGUUAAUUUAAUUCAAACCCCUGAUUGUUAAUUCUCUACAUGAAUGGGUCGUGAACUGGUCACUAGUGAACCAUUCAACUAAACCCACCCAAAUUGGAUCACCUGACAUGCGUAACUCCAUAUCAACACAAAAAGCCCCGAACCUGUUGAUUUCCUUCACACCCGGUCUAAUGGUUCUAAAGUCGCUGCUGAACGGCGACAAGGACUGUCAUUGGUGCUAUGUGACAAAAACCAAUAAAGCAGAAAGAUCUACUGCAUUCAUCAGAGAGAACUGAAGAACUACGAUCCCAUGGCUGUGGGAAUUUUUGGUGCAUUUAAAACUGUGGAGCUACUUUCCACGCAGCAGCUAAAACCCAGCGAUCUUGCACUCGACCGCAUAGAGCCCUCCGUAGAACUGGCACCAUGUCAGAGAAAUAUCCACCCCCGUGUUUAACUAUAGAUGUCUCUCCUGGCAGAAAUGAGCAAUAAACUCUUGUAGUCAGAUCAACACAUUAGCACUCCUACUCCUGAGACGCAACACUUGUGUCCGUCCAAAAGAGCAAUGCCAACUUGCUCAUUUUUGUACAUAAAUACGAUAGUUUCAUAAAUUAAAGUUAAAAUAAAAACUGAGUUGAAAAAAGGUAGUUACCCAUGGGUAGAAAUUGCCUCUAUUGCUGUAUGUCUUGUGUUUUGUGCAUUUGAAAUUAUAUUUUUGCAAAGAUUGACUAUCUUCCUCUUGAGAGUCUUUUGCGGUGGCAUGGACAGUAUUAUUUGUUCAUUAUGCUGGAUGAAACCGAAGUAGUUUCAAUUCUGUGGCUGCCCAGGAAUUUGACGACUUUCUUUAAAACGAAACAAAACUAAGAAAUCCAACACACUGAAGUACUUAAAAUCGGACACACAAGAACGAGUGACCGCAGGCAGUGGUCUGUUAAUAGCAUGCUAACUCUGAGUGACGCUCUUUAUUUAUUCGGCUUUAUGUUCAGAAUUGUAUUUCUUUUAAAGCUGAAAGGCAUUCCACUACUAGUAUCGUGCGCUGUGGACGUGGAGUCGAACUCUUCCUUCCCGCUGUACUAUGUUAAACUCUUAUUUUUUUCUUUUUAUUAUUAUUUUGUGUGAGAUGAAGCAUUCAGACUUCAUUAACUUUCCUUAAUUCGUUUUUAUUUUCUCCCCUUGAUCCGAAAGCGGAGGAAAGGGUUAACUUAUUUCAUUCGCCAUAUCCCUCCCUUUUAGAUUAUUCUCUUCUAAACCGUAAACUCACUCCGUCUGUGAAUUUAUUACUUUUAUUUUAUAUUUCCUCCCUAAAUGCAGAGCUGCGUUGUAGUGCGUUUUAAAGCCAAGUCUAAUUUGUAAACGCUCCGCCAGCAGUACGGACAUCUGCUAGGUGUCCCGAUCCAGCAUCAACCAAAUGCUUCUGGCUGCUGAACGGCCCAUAUGUGUGGAGUAGUUGUACUCACCCCAGUUAAGAGAGUUUUAGUUGGGUGUAAAUUCAUUGCGUUUAGAACAAACUCUUUUGGUCGUGCGGACGAGCGCCACGGAGGCGUUUUCACGCGCGUUGAACUGAACGCAACGGUGCUUUAUCAACACCUGGCCAAAUCACAGAUGUGAACCUCUGUUGUCUCCUCACGAGAGGACACGUUGCUUUUGUCUUUUAUUGUCCCUCCUUUUCAUUCUUAUUGUUUUAUGAAUCUGCACUAUUUAAAGCCAGGGCCCAUACUGAGAUGCCAGUGCUUUUGGUUUUGUUUUAUUUUAUUUUAUUUUUUGAAGAGAAUGGCCCGUGUCCUGUUGAGGCCACUGUACCGACCCAGGCCCGAAUUCAAGGACACUUCCCAGAGAAGUGGUGCUGAUCUUGGUCUGUUAAAGGCUAAGCUUUUCCGCACCGAAGGAACAGAGGUCCUGAUGAACCUGUGGCCAUUCUUUGUAAACAUGCACUCUGAUUCUAGCUGUGAGUUAAAAUGCAAUACUUACAAUAAACACCAAGAUUGUCAAAAAA